AUGAAGCGCAGCGCCGACCAUCUGAACGAGGAAGAGGAUGACUUCGCUUGGAUCCCUCGCUUCCCCAGCCGGGCCGAACGCCAGCCGCCGCCGUCGCCGCCCACACCGGAGUGCUUGGGCAAGUUGGCCUCCUGGUGUCCCUCGGACGACCAACCGGAGGACAUCCUGCAGUUCAUCCGCAUGAGGCGGCGCUCGAUGGACCUGCCGACCCCGAAUCUGGCCCCCUCGCCGACCCGCCCUACGACAACCAAACCGAAGAGCGGCCGUGCGGUGACGUUCAACAGCAGGUACGGCCCCAGCGGCACAGCGCAGCAGCUGUUCGACAAGAAGCUGCGCGAGGCUCGCCUGAAGAGGGACGCGAAAGCGUCGGCCGCCCCUAGCCGACCCCCCUCUUCAAACUCUACCGGCGGCGGUCUCUCCGCUGGGCAGCCAGAACCUGGCCCAUCAAAACCACGGGAGUCUGGUUCCUCGGCGUCGCCUGGCGUCUCUGCGCACCCCGGCCCUGCGCAACCCGAAACGAGGAGCAAGCGGGCACGGACAUCGGCCACGAGGAUGGGCCAGGUGAUCAAGACCAACAUGGACCCUUCCUCGAGCGUCCCGGACCGCCUAAGCUCCGACGGCAAGGGCAACGCUGCGGAGACAAACCGCGAGGUGGUCACUGGCCACAUGCGCCGCAUGCUGAAGGAGUUGUGCAACGGGGGACGAGCGGAGCGAGAGCUGCGUCUCUACAGGCGAAACCGCCGGCGCGCUGAACUCGAGGAGCCCAUACUUUCUCCCGGUCCGGGUCCGGCACCCCCAAUACAACAGCCGACGACUGGCGCCAGGCUCCAGGGAACACACCCUUACAGGCGCCCUGCGAGGAGCUCGGCAACACCGACGCCCGACCUCGGCACCAGGGUGGCCCUGGAAGCGGUCGCAGACCUGCAGGACGAGGCCCGAGGAUCUGCAUCAGUCGGGGCAAGCAGUGGCGAAGACAGAAGUGGCGUCGAUUUGGCCCGCGAGCCGCUGUACCCGAAGGGUGAGGACAAAGCCGGCGACGCCGUUGCUGUUGCGGGGGAAGCGAGCGUCAGUGACGCGGAGUCGACCUCGGAGACUUCGGGAGCUGGCGAUGAGCCCAUUUCGGAACUGGACCAAGACAACGGCGCGAUCUCUUCGGCGCGUCAGCGUAUCGACUACCUGGCUCUCGCGGCGGGAGAGAAGACCGUCAAUGUCCGGUUGCGCACCGCGAAGUGGGAGUACACCGCCGACGAGGCGACCGUGCGGCGUUUGAAUACUCGUCUGCACGGACCAGGAGCAACAGUCAUCAAGAGGAUCUGUCUACCAAUGCCCCGCCGCGCAGUGCGAAAGGUCGCAGCGGGGAAGAAGACGGUGUCGCUCAGACUCCGGAUCCUCGUGCCUCCUGACACGCCCUUCCCGUCCUCCGAUCAAGUCUUCGUUCGGGCUCACCCCCAGAACGAGGAUCCGUUCACGUUUGGGCGAGAAGAUCUUGCGGGCAAGCAGAAGGAGGACUGGGACGACUGGAUCGGGUGGGUUGACAGUGUCCGCAGUGACCGCCUCGGGCACAAAACGAGUAUAAGUCGUCAACCCGAACCUGACCCCGCUUCUGCCGCUGAGCAGCCCAGCACGAGGCCCCGGUUCUCUUUCUCCAAGUUGCCUUGA